UGUUGGGGGUUGUGCUGCGGCAUGGCUCCUGUCGCCGGUCUCCAGGUUAGCGACGAGGGUAUACAUCGGCGGCGUUUAAAUGAAUGGGAAACGUCGCGGGUCGGACAGCAUCGUUGCCGGAAUCGCGGUGCAACACACGAACCACUUGCCGCGUGUUGUCUCUCGUUGUCACACGGCGAAAACGUAAUCGGUUGGAUCCGCGAGGAGGGCCAAUUUCGUGCAAGAAACCCUUAUGCACCCGAUCGCAAGCAGCGCCCUCCCGCCAUUCAGCCGAGCGGUUGUGUACAAAUAGACGGCCGUGGCUCCACCUCGCGGCCCACCGACGGAAACGCUCGCGGUAGUUAUGUUCCCGAGAGUCGAGAGGAUCGAUAUCCAUUUGAUACCGUGUCAUGGAACCGUAGUGUCGGACUUAAAUGUCACAGAGAAUACGCAGCUCUUCUGAAUGGAACUCAAAGCUGAUUCAUUUCGAACAGUACACACAGAUAUCAUGUGCAAAGCCGUUCAAGCAGCAGAAUGCGGCUUGCAUGGUAACGGUAACAAAUGUGAACACAGCUUUACCGCAUACCGUUACUUGUUGCGAACCGCUUCGAAAGGAAGUAACGCGUUACCUGAGCGGCAGUUUAGUUGUGGUAGCCAGCGAGGUACACGUCCGUUCUCAGUGUUACAUAAUGGAAUGGAACAAUGAAGGUGCUAUGAAAUUAAUAGAUGCAUAUAAAAAGAGAGAUAUUAUUUGGGAUCCCAAGCAUUACCAACACUUUAAUAAAUACAAGAAGUUCGACGCCUGGAAAGAAAUUUCCCAAGAGGUCGGAAGAUCGGUGGACGAAUGUAGAAGAAAAAUGGAACGUUUGUUGUCGUCGUUCAGAAGGGAGAACAUGAAGAUCAGAAAGAGUAUCGGCACCGGUAAAGGGUCGAACGAGAUAUACAGAAGUACUUGGUUCGCCUACGACAGUUUGAAAUUCAUAUUGGAUAAGAACAAACCGCGGGACGCAAUGGAAACUAUUCAAAUCGAGGAUACGAUUGUAAGAGAGAAUACAGAAUUCCCGGAAGAGAUGGAAGCUUUUCAGUCUCAGUCGCACAGAAACCCGAGAAAGAAACGGAUGAAACAAGAAGAAGAUCACCGGUUGGACACAGCUUUCAAUUUAUUGGCCACCUGCGCAACGAAUUCGUUACCGAACGACGAUCCGCAACAUUUUGGAAAUCUAGUUGCCUCUAAAUUGAGAAAGUUCCCGGAAUCUACACAGUGCGCGAUUCAAAACGCGAUCAUGGGUGUGUUUCUUAAUGCCGUUCGGGGUGGUUUCGAUCAGAUGCCGGUUAAUCAUUCUAUAAACGCUAAUUCGACUCCUACUUGCAAUAUUAGACAAAGUAUGUACGAUCCGCAUACAAAUACAACCGUAACUGCGAAUUCGAUGUACAAUUAUCCAUCACCUACAUCUAUAACGCAAAGUAUCAUUUCUACGUCUCAACUAUCAUCUACCCCUUCUACUUCUAAUGACAUGGUCUCUUCCGAGAAUGAUGAUAAAGCUAAAUUAGAACAAUUUGCAGACAAAAUUGUAUAAAUCCAAGACGUUAAAAUGAAUAAAAACAAUUGUAUUUCUCUACAAACUUUA